AUGCUAUUUACUGCCAAGAGGGGGUUCCAUGGUACUGUGAGUGCUCUUGCCAGAACAAGAUAUACCAAACCUAAACCUAAGCCGGAACCACGAUCUAAUGUGAGGCGUCCAACACAAGAAACACAUCAUGACAGAGAUUUGAAGGUGUCAGCUCCUAUUCCACCAGCCGCUGGAAAUUUGGAGUGUCCAGUGGAUCACCCGCUGUGGCAAUUUUUUAGUGCUCAGAAAUUUAUGCGAAAACCGGAGGAGUUAGAUCAAAAAUCGAGGUCCUGGACGAUUCCUGAAUUGAGAAGAAAGUCUUUUGAGGAUUUGCACUCAUUGUGGUACACCUGUUUAAAGGAACGUAACAUUUUAGCCCGUGAGAACCAUCUAUUAUUGCAUUCUAUGAAGUCUUCACGGGAAGUAUAUAAGGAUGUCGAUGAGAGAAUUAGGACAACGAUGUGGAGAAUAAGACAUGUUUUGAGUGAACGUGAUUGGGCAUUUAGGUUGGCGCAGCAGGACUUUCAAGAACAUCAAGCUGAGUUCAUAAAAGAUUUUGAAGGGCUGUUCUUGCAAGCUGAGGCGGCGCAGGAUGUUGAGUCCUUUGAAAUGCUUUCUCGUUUCCAGCUUGCUGUGUUUGGUAUCAGCGAGUAUAUUGACGAAAAUACGGUGGAUAGGAAGUUCGUAGAUGGGCUAAAGUAUUUGGCAACUUUGAAAUUGAAGAAGUUUGCUUCAAGAAAUGACUCAAUUCAGCAGCUGUUAACAACGUCGGAAAACAAGAUAUCAGAUGCUGGAGAAGCGUUCAUCAUCUUCACCUCAGAGAACAGCGAAUCUGCAGUGGAAGAAGCAUGCAAUGCUGUCAAGGAGUUGAGAGAGCAGGGCAACGCGGUAUCUAGGUAUGAUGAAUUGGAAACUGUUGCUGAGUAUGUGAAACAACUAGCUCAGACUCAGUUGGAAACAGAGACAUCAGAGGAAACCAAAUGA